UGCCGAGAAUGGUUAUUUGGACACAGUCAAAUUUCUUCUGAAACAGGGCGCAAAUUGAAAUGCUGUAGAUAAUGGGGGUAUGUCGGUACUGCACCCUGCUGCUGGGAAUGGACAUUUGGACACAGUCAAAUUCCUUCUGGAACAGGGCGCAUAUUUAACUGCUGCAGAUAAUGCAGGCAAGUCGGCACUGCACUAUGCUGCCUGGCGUGGUCGUUUCGACACAGUCAAAUUCCUUCUGGAACAGGGCGCAAAUUUAACUGCUGUAGAUAAUGGAGGCAUGUCGGCACUGCACCUUGCUGCCGAAGAUGGUAGUUUGGACACAGUCAAAUUCCUUCUGGAACAGGGCGCAAAUUUAAAAGCUGUAGAUGAUGAAGGCAGGUUGGCACUGCACCUUGCUGCCAGGACUGGGCAGUUGGCCGUUGUGGAAUAUCUCGUGAAUCUCAGCGUUGAUGUCAAUUUCAAGGACAACAACGGCUUCACGGUAAUAUAUUUUGCUGCGUGGAAUGGACACCUGGAUGUGAUCAACUUCCUCCUUGGAAUAGGUGCCGAUUUCAAUAUUAGGGAUAAAGAUAGCCUUACGGAACUGCACUUUGCUACCGCUAACGGUAAAUCCGACACAACUCGAUUCUUACUUGAACUGGGAGUGGAUUUCUCUAUUGAAGAUGACGGAAGCACGCCACUGCAUUUAACUGCUGCGAAUGGUCACUUAGAUACAGUCGAGUGUCUCCUUAAACUAGCUGAAAAUUUCAAUGUCGUAGAUUUUACCGCAAGGUCUGGGCAAUUGUAAUUACCCAUUGUUGACAGUCUCGUGAAAACCUGCAGUGAUAUCAAUAUCAAAGACGAGAAUGGCCGCACGCCGCUACAUUUAGCUGCCUCGAACGGUCACUUGGAUAUAGUUAAAUUCCUUCUUCAAGUAGAAGCA